GUGGCCGCCUUGCCCCAUGCCUCAGCGGCGCUGAGCCUUCCUCAGCCUGAACAUGGCCACCACGGCAACGUGCACCCGCUUCACCGACGAGUACCAGCUCUACGAGGAGCUUGGCAAGGGAGCCUUCUCUGUGGUCCGCAGGUGUGUAAAGAAAAAUUCAUCACAGGAAUAUGCUGCAAAAAUCAUCAACACCAAAAAACUGUCAGCCAGAGAUCACCAGAAACUGGAACGUGAAGCUCGAAUCUGCCGACUUCUAAAGCAUCCAAAUAUUGUGCGGCUCCAUGACAGUAUUUCAGAAGAAGGUUUCCAUUACCUCGUCUUUGAUCUAGUUACUGGUGGGGAGCUCUUUGAGGAUAUUGUUGCCAGAGAAUACUACAGUGAAGCAGAUGCCAGCCACUGUAUUCAUCAGAUACUGGAGAGUGUGAAUCACAUUCACCAGCAUGAUAUCGUUCACAGGGACUUAAAGCCUGAGAAUUUACUACUGGCAAGUAAAUGUAAGGGUGCUGCUGUCAAACUGGCUGACUUUGGACUGGCUAUAGAAGUCCAGGGAGAGCAGCAGGCCUGGUUUGGGUUUGCUGGCACUCCAGGUUACCUCUCCCCUGAAGUCUUAAGAAAAGAUCCUUAUGGAAAACCAGUGGAUAUAUGGGCAUGUGGAGUGAUUCUGUACAUAUUACUAGUGGGGUACCCUCCCUUUUGGGAUGAAGAUCAGCACAAACUCUAUCAGCAGAUCAAAGCCGGAGCCUAUGACUUCCCAUCACCGGAGUGGGACACUGUGACUCCCGAAGCAAAGAAUUUGAUCAACCAGAUGCUGACAAUAAACCCAGCCAAGCGCAUCACAGCUGACCAGGCUCUCAAACAUCCAUGGGUCUGCCAACGAUCCACUGUUGCUUCAAUGAUGCACAGGCAGGAGACGGUGGAAUGCUUGAGAAAGUUCAAUGCUAGAAGGAAGUUAAAGGGUGCAAUCCUCACAACGAUGCUUGUAUCUCGGAAUUUUUCAGCUGCCAAAAGUCUGCUGAACAAGAAAUCAGAUGGAGUGAAGAAAAGGAAGUCGAGCUCCAGUGUGCAUUUGAUGAGCAACAACAAAACCAGUAUAGUAAGCACUGCAAAAGAAACACCCCCAGUGCAGACGUCCAUGGAGCCUCAAACAACUGUUGUCCAUAAUGCUACAGAUGGCAUAAAGGGUUCCACAGAGAGCUGUAACACCACAACUGAAGAUGAGGAUCUGAAAGCUCCCCCUCUCUCCACCGGGGAUGGCAGCUCAGUGCUUGAAGGACGGAGGCACAGUGAGAGCAAAACACAGACUGAGUCCAUGCAGUCCCAGCUUUCUCUCUGUUUCUCAGCCAUGCGUAAGCAAGAAAUCAUUAAGAUAACAGAGCAGCUGAUAGAAGCCAUCAACAAUGGAGACUUUGACGCUUAUACAAAAAUCUGUGAUCCUGGUUUGACCUCCUUUGAACCUGAAGCACUGGGGAACCUGGUUGAAGGAAUGGAUUUCCAUAAGUUUUACUUUGAGAACUUACUGUCGAAGAACAGCAAGCCAAUACACACCACCAUCCUGAACCCCCAUGUCCAUGUCAUUGGUGAAGAUGCUGCCUGCAUUGCAUACAUCCGUCUGACUCAAUACAUUGAUGGCCAAGGCCGGCCCCGCACCACGCAGUCUGAAGAGACCCGUGUCUGGCACCGCCGAGAUGGCAAGUGGCUGAAUGUCCAUUACCACUGCUCUGGAGCUCCUGCAGCACCUCUCCAGUGAGGAUCAAAUAUGGCAACUUGUGGAGAUACUCAGCUGGAGGGCAAUAUCUUCUUAGCGAGCAGCUCUGGAGUGCCUGAGUGACAGCAAUGGUCAUGUCUGUUUUGACAUUAAAAAAAAAAAGUACAAACAGGCAGCAGCCAAAUGCACGAAACCCUGCAUGCAUCUGAUGCUCUGGGCGCUGCCUUUCUGUUGUUUUCCAUGGAUCCAUCGUGUCUGUUUCUGCUGUAAAAAAGUGUUUUUAAAUCUUAAAAAGAAAAAAAAAAAGACAUGUUGUUUGUAUAAAAUAAUAAAAACCAGGAAUAAUGCUAAAUAAAUGACAGAUUAUCCAACAUGCCCUCUCCCCCAGGGCUAAGAAAAUGGCAGCAGCUGGAACAUCUUUCAGAAAUGAAGUGAGGGGGAAAGCAAAAGUGAAGGAGAGAGAAAGAGAGAGAGCAAAAAAGGAGGCGGCUUGAGCAGUGGAUGGCUGAACUGUGCUUCACAAAGCCAUGGUGGAAGCUAACAUCGCAUUCAGGCUGUGCUGCAACCUCAGUCAGUGAGAGGGAGUGAAGAGACCCCAGAGGUGCCAGUGUGAAGACUGGGGUUCAAGAAAGAGGAGGUGCUUCUCAUCCCGUUGCCUGGCAGACUGACUUCAGCCUGUUCUUUGAUUUCUGCACAGCAAGAACGCUAUGGAGAGCUAGUUGCUUGGCUGCUGGAUCCCAAAACAGACUUUCUUUUUUCGUUUUGUUUUGGUUGGUUGGUUGGGUUUAUUUGCAAAGAAAAAAAACACACACCAAAAUGAGAUGUUGAUUUAAAACUAAAGGUUAAAGUAGGGAUUUAAAAAAUGGGUUUAAGUGAAUAUAACUUAAAUAAAAGCUUGCUGUUCAGAGAUACUGGUUUUAGAAACAGCCGCUACCUGGAGGUUUGAAGACAGCUUAUUUAACUUAACAAAAUAAUGAAGCAUUGCAUUAAGAGCAGAGAUUUUGGAGGAAAAGGGUAGAUGUAUGGAAUUUUCUAUUUUUUUUCCUUCGUAGUAGUGUAGUUGGGAUCCGCAGUGCUGCAGAACGUACGUUCCUUAUGAAGCAGACAAAACCCUUAGUGUUACGUUCUUCAUGAAAUCUUGCACAUACACUCCUAUAUGAGGCAUAAAUAGCGUGUGUUUUUUUUUAUACUGAAAUAUAUGCACCCGUAGAAUUAAAGGGGUUACCUGGCCUCCUGUUCAAUGUAUUUGGUCUCCCAGUAAAACAGCAGUGGGAGCCAGCAGUCCCAGCCAGGUGCUUUUCCUCACAAUUAACCAACCCAUCUAAUGUUUCUAAGUGUCAUGUUUACUAGUGUUUAUUUGGAUAAUAUUUCUAUUUUUUACAGUGAUGUUGUAACCCAGAAAACUAUCAGAUCAGAACCUCAAAAACUGUAGCUGAAGGACUCUGGGCCACCUCCCUGUAUUGCCUCUGGGUGUUAGAGGAUACCUCAUGAAGCAGACGGGAAAGGAAAUGAGCACAUGUGAUCUGAUGUUUGUCCUUUGGGUCAGUUCAUCUUCCUUUCUUUGCUGCAAAAGGAGUCCAUUUCCUUUAUUCACUGUGUGUGAAAUGUGGAAGUGUUUUGUUGACCUUACCAAGGAGGGAGCUUAGCCCUCCUAGAAGAAAAAUAGGGCCUUUCUGGCAGACCUCACAGGAUUUGUCUUGACCAAGGGAAGGCAUGACUUGCAGAAGUUGGGAUGGGCUUUUACCUGAAUUUCUGUCUACCCCUAUAAUUUUUUUAAUAUUUUUUUUUCAAGGGAGUUCAAGUGAUUGCAUUGACAGCAUAGUAACUGUAAGGCCACCUUUUUACAGGCUACAGAAGAGAAGGAAGCCAAUUUGGAAUUUUAAUCCUUAUUUAACAUAAUGCAGAAAAUAAAAGCGGUUGCACAAAGAGGAGCUGUCACUUUGCAACAGUUAGCUCUCUGCUCCCUUUGUUAGAGAGGUGCUAUUCCACACUAGGAUUAGAUCAGUUAGGCCUGCCCUGAUGAAGGAAAAGACCAUCCACACUUCCCAUGUUUGUCUAAGCAAAUACCUUUUUCUUCCUCCCUCCACCAUGACAGGGACAAGUGCUGGGAUGAAACACAUGGAGGGCAAACACUAGAUUUUAUUAUUUUGAAACAUUUUUAAGACAGCACUAAGCCAGUGUGUGAAGUGGAAAAGUAAAAAGCCUUGAUAUUUUUUUCAGAUUCUUUUUAAGGCCACAAAGAGAAAGUGGACAGGAGAUUGCAAUUAUGCCAUUUAAAAAAGAUAAAUACAAAACAUUAUGCAUGCCUUCUUUAGGUCUGAUCUUCCUUGUCUCUUUACCUGGUGGUUAUUAAUAAUUAAAAAGAAAACCCUCUGUAUUAAGUAUCUGCAUCGUUCAGAAAAAAAUUUAAAAGAACAGAACUGUUCGUUUAUUUUGGUUUUGCACAGUCUUGCAGACAAACUCUUUUGGUUGGUUGUUUAUUUUAUUUCCUUUUAUGUUAAUGAGAACCUUAGCUUGGUAUGGCCAUUAUCAAACACAGCUGUACACCUUUAGCAUCCUUAAUGUUCUCUUAUGGGGCUAAUAUAAGCAUCUAUAUAAUAUAUAUAUUAUAAAUAUCACAUUUUAAGCAGGAAAUGGAAGGCAUUUGAUGCAGAAUUUUUGCAUGAUAUAGAAAUAAUUAAAGUUAGCUAGUGUUUGUUUGUUUGGUCUGAAUGUUGGUAGAACCUUCAUAGCUUUGUUACAAUGAAACCUUGAACUGAAGAUAUUUAAUAAAAUAACAUU